UCCUUCCUCCCCCGCCGCGCCUUCGCCACCACCGCACAUCAUCGCUCGCUUCCCGGCGGAACGCGCCCCGUUCCGCCGCCGCCGCCGCAGGAGAAGACGACUACGACGACGACGAGCGGUGUUGUGUGAAGAGAAGGUGAUCCUGACCGCCGCCGUACGCCGCCAUUGCCGCCGGGGCCGCGGCACCGCCCCUGAUGGGCAACGUCUGCAUCGGCCCGCGCCGCAACUUCGCCAAGAACGGCCUCCUCGGCAUCCUGCGGCCGCGCCACGCCGCGCCGUCCUCCCCGUCGCAGCCCACCACCACCUCCCGCUCCAUCCCCGUCGUGCUCCCCUCCGCCCCCUCCUCCAAGCCGCCGCCGCCCACCCAGACCGCCCCGCCCGUACCCGUCGUCAUCUCCGAGCCGCCGCCACCGCAGCCGCAGCCCGAACCGCAGCCCGCGGCGCCGUCGCAGCCGCCGCCACCGCAGGAGCAGCCCUCGCCGCCACCGCCCGCGUCGUCGAACACCACCCAGCAGCCUCCGCCGCCGCAGCAGCGGCAGCAGUCGCGCGCCAAGAAGCCGGCGCACAUCAAGCGCAUCUCCAGCGCCGGCCUGCAGGUGGAGUCGGUGCUCCGGCGAAAGACGGAGAAUCUCAAGGACAAAUACAGCCUGGGGCGCAAACUCGGUCAGGGCCAGUUCGGGACGACGUACCUGUGCGUCGACAAGGCGAACGGCGGCGAGUACGCGUGCAAGUCGAUCGCCAAGCGGAAGCUACUCACCGACGAGGACGUGGAGGACGUCCGCCGCGAGAUCCAGAUCAUGCACCACCUCGCCGGCCACCCCAACAUCAUCUCCAUCCGCGGCGCCUACGAGGACGCCGUGGCGGUGCACGUCGUCAUGGAGCUCUGCGCCGGCGGCGAGCUGUUCGACCGGAUCGUGCGCAAGGGGCACUACACGGAGCGGCAGGCGGCCGGGCUCGCCCGCGUCAUCGUCGCCGUCGUCGAGUCGUGCCACUCGCUCGGCGUCAUGCACCGCGACCUCAAGCCCGAGAACUUCCUGUUCGUCGGCAACGAGGAGGACGCGCCGCUCAAGACCAUCGACUUCGGCCUCUCCAUGUUUUUCCGCCCAGGCGAGGUGUUCACCGACGUGGUGGGGAGCCCGUACUACGUGGCGCCGGAGGUGCUGAAGAAGAGCUACGGGCAGGAGGCCGACGUGUGGAGCGCCGGCGUCAUCAUCUACAUCCUCCUCUGCGGCGUGCCGCCGUUCUGGGCAGAGACGGAGCAGGGGAUAUUCGAGCAGGUGCUGCACGGGACGCUGGACUUCGAGUCGGACCCAUGGCCGAACGUGUCGGAUGGCGCCAAGGACCUCCUCCGCAAGGUGCUCGUCCGGGACCCCAAGAAGCGGCUCACCGCGCACGAAGUCCUAUGCCAUCCAUGGCUGCAGAUGAGCGGGUCGGCGCCGGACAAGCCGCUGGACUCGGCGGUGCUGUCGCGGCUGAGGCAGUUCUCGGCCAUGAACAAGCUCAAGAAGAUGGCAUUGAGAGUGAUCGCGGAGAACUUGUCGGAGGAGGAGAUCGCCGGGUUGAAGGAGAUGUUCAAGAUGAUGGACACGGACAACAGCGGGCAGAUCAACUACGAGGAGCUCAAGGCCGGGUUGGAGAGAGUGGGUGCCAACAUGAAGGAGUCUGAAAUUUAUCAGCUCAUGCAGGCUGCUGAUAUCGACAAUAGUGGCACCAUAGAUUAUGGAGAAUUCAUAGCUGCCACUCUACACCUCAACAAAGUUGAAAGGGAAGAUCAUCUAUAUGCCGCCUUCCAAUACUUCGACAAAGAUGGCAGUGGAUACAUCACAUCUGAUGAGCUCCAGCAAGCCUGCGAUGAGUUUGGUAUCGAGGAUGUUCGACUCGAAGACAUGAUAGGCGAAGUAGAUCAGGACAAUGAUGGGCGUAUAGAUUACAACGAGUUUGUCGCGAUGAUGCAGAAAACAACAACAGGGUUCGGGAAGAAAGGCGGUCAUAAUUUUAGCGGUUUUAGGGAUGCCUUGAAGUCACAUAGCUGACAAUGUUGUAGUGUUAUAUUGUAUAUUGGUAUACCCCUUUCUAUGGGAAAUGUUGUUGUGCAUACGUGUUGUAAAUGUAAAGGAAUAGGAGUUUUGUUAACUGAAGAUUUCAAGCUUAUUUUCUU